CAGGCAGCAGGGAUGAAGAGAGACAUUCUACCGUGAGAUCAGCGGUGGAAGAUGGCCCGGCGCAGCCGCGACAGGAUCGAGCUCCGGUGUGCGCGACGGGUCCGGAGCGGAGCGGAGCGGAGCGGGGGAGAAGGCAUAUAAAAUGCGAAGAUGAGACGAGAAGCGGAGGAUUAACAGAGCAGGAAGGUGAAUUGGGCGCAGAGACUCUCAGACGCGCAGUUUUUGAAGCUCGUCGCGAAAUGAAGGAGGCGAGGAAUCACUACCACACCCGGGGCUCCUCGCGCGGCGGCGGCGGCACCACUGCCGAGCGCGACCUGGUGUUACAGUGGGGCAACCGGAAGCGCCUGCGCUGCGUCAAGGUGCAGCGCCGUGACGUCGAGGCCGCCGCUACCGUGGCCGCCGAGAAAGCCGCCAUCAGCCAGCGCCGCGCCGCGGCCACAGCUGCCCAGCACCACCCAGACGGCCACACCCACCACCGUGUUUUCAGGAACACAGAAGAGUUUGCGAUCAUGAAAUCGCCAGCACGGCAACAACAGAACAGCAGGAUCGACGCAGUUGCUUCACCGGACAGGGAGUGCCCUGGUAGAGGUAACAACAACAACAACGGAGGUCCACAGACCUGUCCAGAUGACAAGAAAGGCUCUUCAUCGGGGAGUGAGGGGUCCAUCUGGCCGAAGUUUGCAGUCACCCUGUCGAACAGGGAAAAGGAAGAGGAUUUCCUGGUGUUCAGAGGAUCCAAGCUGCCUCAAAGACCCAAGAAAAGAGCCAAGGUCAUCCAGAGAACUGUCAAUUUCGUAUGCCCAGGAACGUGGCUGUGUGACCUGACUCUUGAAAGAUACGAAGUCCGAGAGAAGAAGGUUUCCAAGAAGCGCCCCAGGGGAUUGAAAGCUAUGCACGACUUGGACAGUGACUCGGAAUAAAAAACAGAGAGAGAAGAGAUCACUGAACAUGAGAAGCUGAACAUUAGAGAGAAGGCCAGGACAGAUGCAGCAGAUGGAGGUCGACCAUAAAGCUUCCUGAUGGAAUGAGGACCAACGGGUCACCACUCCUCGCGAUUGAUACUGGAGAUCGAUUUGUCCAAAAGGACUAGGUUUUUUUAAAAGCAAAUGGCAGGAGCUCUGCCUAUCCAUUAAGAGAGAGGGAGAGAGAGAAAUUUACAAGAAGUGAGCACAAUAAAAGCACGCCCAAACAUAACGAGGGAUCCCAAUAAGAAGUCGUCCCUGCUGCUACAAAAAAAAAAGGACUUGUAGCGAUCGGAGGACGACCGAGAUGUCAGGAAGUUGCACGGAAGAACAGAGAGGAGAGCUGCAGGAGCUGGAGUUCCUGAACAUUAGCAAACUAUUCAAUUCCCUGGAAAGCAGCAACGCUGUUUUGCUAUUCUCUCAUGUUAAUAUGAAUGGCGAGCUAGCCAGUCCUGUCGCGUCUAGUUUGCCUUCCGUAGUUUUUUUUUAUCCUCUGGUGCUGUAUGAAAGGUCAGUGGAUAUUCUUUCAGGGGCAUGAGACAGUGUCCGGCACUCUCAGUCCAGUGCGAGUGGAUCAGGAUUCAGGCAAACAUAGACCGACGAUCGGACUUUAUGUGUUUUCAGGACUGCCAGACUUGUAAAUUCUGAAAGUUUCAGUGAAUUUUUUUUAUAGUUUAAAUUUUAUAUAGGCCUACCCUCCGUAUAAAAAAAUUGAGAACUUUUUUUACGUGAUAUUGGAAGAUGUUUGGCA